CCACAGCCACAGCCCCUUUCCCACUCUCCACAUCGGACAUCCCAUCUCCCCCACUUCACAGCCACCAUCCACCAUCGUCCCUUCUCCUUCACCCUUCUCUUCCAGCCCUUCUCAUCGGUGCCGCUAUCGUCCCUUCUCCUCCAACGCUUCUCAGCGGCGCGACCCAGCCAUCAUUUUAAUCGAAGCAUCAGCAGGUCGACGGCGAAGGAAAUCGCAGCAGAUUUUGUGAAAUAUGUCAGGACAAACCCAGCGCUUAAAUGUAGUUCCGACUGUUACUAUGCUUGCUGUUGUUAAAGCUCGCCUUAUUGGUGCUACACGAGGUCAUGCUUUGCUGAAGAAGAAGAGUGAUGCUUUAACUGUGCAGUUUCGUCAAAUUCUUAAGAAGAUUGUCAGUACAAAAGAAUCAAUGGGAGAUGUUAUGAAAGCCUCUUCAUUUGCGCUGACUGAAGCAAAGUAUGUUGCUGGUGACAACAUCAAGCAUGUUGUCCUUGAGAACGUCCAAAAUGCAUCUAUUAAGGUUCGAUCCCGGCAAGAGAAUGUUGCUGGUGUGAAGCUUCCCAAGUUCGAGCAUUUCUCAGAGGGUGAGACUAAGAAUGACCUCACAGGAUUGGCCAGAGGUGGUCAACAGGUCCAGGCCUGCCGUGUUGCAUAUGUCAAAGCAAUUGAGCUUCUUGUUGAGCUUGCUUCGCUUCAAACAUCAUUUUUGACACUCGAUGAGGCAAUCAAGACCACUAAUCGGAGGGUCAAUGCAUUGGAGAACGUUGUGAAGCCAAGAUUGGAAAAUACUAUUAGUUACAUAAAGGGGGAGUUGGAUGAGCUCGAAAGGGAAGAUUUCUUCAGAUUAAAAAAGAUACAAGGUUAUAAAAAGAGGGAAAUUGAGAAACAACUUGCUGCUGCCAGGCAGUUUUCAGAGGAACAGUUUGCAGAGAAAGUUUCUCUACAGAAAGGAAUAUCACUAAAAUCAGCUCACAACUUGUUGUCUGCAACAACAGAGAAGGAUGAGGAUAUAAUUUUCUGAAUAUGGAGGUUAAUAUAUCUAUUCUUAUGCUGUGUUCCUUAGGCCUAUUACUUGGUGUGGAUUUCUAUUAUUGAAAACCAAGUAUUGUUUUGCUUCUUUGCUUUUUGUUAUUCAAUAAAAGGCUAAAUAUGUGGAUCUAUUUAUUGUCUUUUGUUUCUUUCAUCGCUUUAGAUACUGAAAGAAAAGUUUGUUUGCCAAUCAUUGGCUGGUUGUUUCAUCUUAUAUUCAAUAAAAGGUUUAAUGUGUAGUUCUAUUUA